UCCCCCUCCCUGGACGGGCACCCUAGCGCUUCCCGCCAAGGCCUGGCCGGUUCAAGGGGUGGCGCCAAGUCGUCGCGGCGCCAGUCCCCUAACUGUGCCUUAACUGCAACCCAGAAGGCGGAGCAGACGCGGCUCCAGCCUACGUUGAGUCCCAUUAAGCUUGCUCUACAAGACAACUUGACGAGAAUCUGGAAGGAACCAGAUUAAAGAAGACUGAGUAUUUGGCAUCAGAAAUGUAAAAUAAUCAGCUUAGCAAAUCAUACACUCUUGAGUGGAGCUGAGAAUUGAUCAAUCUACACUUCACAGUGAUUUGGAACUUUGCAGUCCAAGGGAAAAGUUGGCCAAGGGACUGCACAGGACUAAGUCCAUAUGGAAGAAGAACUUCCUCUUUUCUGUGGAGAAAGUGGCAAGCCAGUAAAGGCAACUCUGUCAUCUUUGAAGAUGUUAGAUGUGGGAAAAUGGCCAAUUUUUUCCCUUUGCUCUGAGGAAGAACUGCAGUUAAUUCGUCAGGCUUGUGUCUUUGGCAGUGCUGGCAAUGAAGUUUUAUACAGCACCAUAAAUGAUGAGAUUUUUGUGCUUGGAACAAACUGCUGCGGCUGCCUUGGGAUAGGUGAUGUCCAGAGCACCAUCAAACCUCGGAAAUUGGACUCUCUAAGUGGCAAAAAAAUAGCCUGCCUCAGCUAUGGGAGCGGCCCACAUAUAGUCCUUGCUACCACAGAAGGAGAAGUCUUUACCUGGGGGCAUAAUGCUUACAGCCAGCUGGGCAAUGGGACAACUAACCAUGGCUUAGUGCCCUAUCACAUCUCCACUAAUUUGUCAAACAAACAAGUCAUUGAAGUUGCCUGUGGAGCAUACCAUUCUCUGGUGCUAACGUCCGAUGGAGAGGUAUUUGCCUGGGGUUAUAAUAACUCCGGGCAGGUGGGGUCUGGAUCAACAGCAAAUCAACCGAUUCCUCGAAGAGUCACGAGCUACUUACAGAAUAAAGUAGCUGUGAACAUAGCAUGUGGGCAGAUGUGCUCUAUGGCAGUAGUGGAUACUGGGGAGGUGUAUGUCUGGGGUUUCAAUGGAAAUGGGCAGCUUGGACUUGGCAGUAACAACAACCAGCCAACCCCUUGUAGAAUAACAACUUUGCAUGGCAUUCGUGUCCAGCGGGUUGCCUGUGGCUACGCACACACAUUAGUUUUAACAGAUGAAGGCCAAGUGUAUGCUUGGGGUGCAAAUUCUUACGGCCAGUUGGGCACUGGCAAUAAAAGUAACCAGUCCUACCCUACCCCUGUCGUUGUGGAAAAGGACAGAAUUAUCGAGAUUGCAGCCUGCCACUCUGCCCACACCUCCGCUGCCAAGACCCAGGGCGGUAACGUUUACAUGUGGGGCCAGUGUCGUGGCCAGUCGGUCACUCUGCCUCACCUCACCCACUUCUCCUGCACAGACGAUGUCUUCGCCUGUUUUGCCACGCCCGCCGUCACGUGGCGCCUCCUCUCUGUGGAGCCAGAUGACCACCUCACAGUGGCUGAGUCACUGAAAAGGGAAUUUGACAACCCCGACACUGCCGACCUGACAUUUUUAGUAGAUGGAAAGUAUAUCUAUGCACAUAAAGUCCUUCUCAAAAUUAGGUGUGAGCAUUUUCGUACUUCGCUAGGAGACAGUGAGGAGAAGAUUGUAGAAAUGAGUGAAUUUCCAUACCCUGUUUACCGAGCCUUCCUGGAAUACCUGUACACAGAUAGCAUCAGCCUCUCUCCUGAGGAGGCUAUAGGAUUACUCGAUUUGGCUACAUUUUAUAGAGAAAAUCGUUUGAAAAAGCUCUGCCAACAAACUAUCAAGCAAGGCAUCUGUGAGGAGAACGCCAUUGCCCUGCUGUCGGUGGCGGUGAAAUACGAGGCUCAGGACUUAGAAGAAUUCUGCUUCAGAUUUUGCAUAAACCAUUUGACUGUAGUAACACAAACUACAGGCUUUGCAGAAAUGGACCAUGACCUUCUGAAGAACUUCAUCAGUAAAGCAAGCCGAGUUGGAGCUUUUAAAAAUUGAUCC